AGCAGUGCGCGGGGCAGAGGGUGAGGUGCAGUUGCUGCUCGGGCUGAUGGCGGUGGACUGGUUGGGUUACGGUUACGCGGCUCUAGUGGCGUCUGGAGGCAUCAUCGGAUAUGCAAAGGCGGGCAGUGUCCCCUCUUUGGCUGCGGGCCUGAUUUUUGGGAGUAUUGCUGGAAUCGGUGCCUACCAGAUCUCUGAAAAUCCCCACAAUAUAUGGCUGUCCCUAUUUGCUUCAGGAACAUUGACUGGAGUAAUGGGAUACAGAUUCUACAAUUCAGGGAAAUUCAUGCCAGCUGGUUUAGUCGCUGGGUUAAGCAUUCUGAUGCUUGGAAGACUUGGUUGGAAGAUGCUCCAAAAGCCCCAUGAUGCAUGAUUCAUUUUUAACAAGGAAAUUUAUUAUUGCUUCACCCUUAUCAUGUAAGCACACAAAAUGAAGGGAACCUGGUUGGAAAUAUGCCUUUAAAAAAUACAGAAUAAAUC